CUCUUUGUGGGCCAUUUUUCAGCCUCCACAGCAUGUUUGGUACACAUAAUUGCGGUUUAGUCAUUGGAGUGGAAUAUUGCAAUGCAUCAUGCGACUUUGGGACUGAGUCUGUCUCAACCCUCAGACACUGAAUGAGGCAUCAUCCAGGGGAAGAAGAGGACCACGGACGGGCAGAGAAGUGACGGGUCGCUGGGCCAAAAUCUUGCCUGCUGUGGCAGAGUCUGAGACUCUGGACAAGACAUCCUCAUGCCACUUGUCAAUAACAAAGUGGGUGAUGAUUGCACAAUCGGCACAGACAAAGCUUUGGCUGAGGGGAAGGCUCUGGUGGAUUCUUUGAUAAGGGUGGUGGCAUGUUACCGCCACUUGGCCUCGUGUGUUGGUGGUUGCACGGACAGCUUGCAGCUGCGAGAUGAGCUGCGACAAACUCGAGAAAAGGCCCAAAAGUUGGCCAUGACCAUCUGUCACCAUCUGACCUCACAUCUCCGAGACAAGAGCCUGCCCGAGGAGCGGCGAAAGGAGAUGGAGCUCCUCUGGGUGUCCUUCUCCUCCAGCCUAGAGCUCCUCCAUGUUGACAUGUGCAAAGUUUUCAACAUGGGUGACACCUUCUCUCUGGUCAACACUGAUACACUGGUGCAAACUGGCCUACAAGGAGGAGGCAGUGAGGUAGCAGCUCGGGCACUCAGUCUGCCAGACCUGAACCAAACUCAGAGCCCGACCCUCCCUGCUGGCCUGGAGGAGGAGGAGCGCAGCACCUUGGAGAAGGAGAUCAGCCAAGUGGACCACAUGAUCGAAGACAUGGAGAUGAAAGUCAACGUGUUGCGCUGGAUGGUGGAGCCCCACGGGCCACAGUACGCAGACCCGCUCAGCAGCACAGACAGCGCCUCCCUGGCUCUGCUGUCUGUUGAUGAGGAGCAGCCAGGACAGCAGACUCUCUGCCAGCGCAAUCAAAUCUUUGUGCUCUUAUUGCUGUUUGCUGUUGUUUUGGUGGCCGGAACUUUAUCUGUCUGUGUUGUCUUAUUUUCAUGAGCAAAACCUUAACACACUCAACUUAUUGUUUCUGUAAAACUUCAGCAAAACUCAGUAACACUGUAAAUAAAUUAAAAAAAAAAAUACUUAAAGUACAGUAAGUUUCUCUUUACUUAAGUUUUUCAAAAAAGGUAACAUCUAGUAACAGCAGAUAAAUUAUCUACUGCAUGAGCUCAUUUGUAUCUUAAUAAAUCUGGAUGUAAACCAGUUUGCCACUUUCUUGCAGUGAAUCCAAAGCUGCCAUAUUCUUUGAAAUAUCUUUGUUUAACAAAGUGAAAUAAAACACAUGGUUGCCAGUUAGAACUGAAAAGAACAUAGGACAGGCAGCUGAUUUUACUUAUCCAACUGUAAAAAGGAAUAGCGUAUAUUUCCCCUUGGUUGUAUACAUUCUCCUGACUAAUUUGUGAUAUAUGAAAGGAGCAAUCUCUGAUUUAAAAAAUUCUCUCAUUUUAUUCUUUGUUGCCAUGGAGAAGACAUAGGUGUUGAUGCUUUGUAGUUGACAUACCGUAAUAAGCGACAUCUUCACUUCCAAUGAAUGAAUUGUUGUUGUGUAUAUAAUCUGUGCUGUAGAGAACUGAUGGUGUAUACUUAUGCAUUAUAAAAGC